GUACAAACGCGUGAGAUUCUAAGGCACCUCCGUCAAAAUGGUGCUGGGAUAACGGCGCUUGGUAGCAUUCUCCGCGUCCGUCGACAGCUUCUUUUCGGCAACCACCGUACUAUCGGCGGCGGCGAAGACCUCCUUGUUUUGCGGCUCCGGAGAUAUGGCUGAGACGUCAUCAUCCUUUAGAACCCUAGGCUUGGACGCACACCCUCCCAUAACUAAUUUCGGAUCUCUCGAUGUAGGGUAUCUGGGCACCUAUUUAUGCGAUCGAAGAUUUGGCCCUCAAGCUGAGAAACUUUACUGCGGAGUACGUCAAGCUUGUAAAGAGGCUAUAGUUCAAAUGGAAACAGACACCGCUAUGCUCAAACUUGGAUGGAAUAGAUAUUUUAUCAUGAUGGCUCCAAGAUCCGUGAUCGAGUUUGAAGCUGGCUUAUUAUACUUUGCUGGUGUGGAACAGACCUUUCAAUGAGAAUUUUGCAGAUUUAAUCACAUAACUUUUGCAAGUGCUCGAUAUUAGUGUUGUAACGUAACUUUGCUUACUUGCAAAUAAUGUCCUAUAUAACUAAUAAAUAAAUUUUUUUCGCAUCUGGAAAUUCUCCACCAGAAUGUGUUCCAUGUAAUUUUCUAGCGAAAGUAAUUCUU